AUGGAAGGAUCACUCAAUAUAGGUAAACUGUAUGAUCUUUUUAAAGUAUAUUGUGAUGAAAAUGGCUAUACACCAGUAAAAGAACAUAUGAAUCGUUAUAUCUUCAAUCACGAGUUCAAUAUAGAAUUUCAAAAACCAAAAAAAGAUUUAUGUGAUAUAUGUUAUGAAUAUUGCAACAUUGUUAAUGCAAGCAAUGAGCAGACAGAAAGUUAUAAUAAACCCAUAACAUCAAAGAAUGAUACCAAAACUGAACGUGAAAAAGAUUGUCAAAAUGUUGAUCCUAAAACAGCAAUUAAGUUCUGCGAGCCAGGUCACUCCAGCAUUCAAGAAUGUGAUAAUAUUCAUAGUCAAAUUGAAAAAUCCCUCUCUGCUGCAGAAAUAUUUAGUCCACUUGGACUAGAAAGAGCUAUUAAAAAUGUAAACCGUAAAAAACCAUUCUCUGUUUACCAAAUGCAAUUAGUAGAUGUGAAGAAUUUUUCAAUUGUUGCUGGGUUGUCAAGUUAUAAGUUAGUGCCUUAUACAAGAGCUAAAAAUCUUGUUUAUCGAAAUGGACUGCCAUACCAUAAUUCAAAUAAAGAAAUAUCUGUUUAUCUUUUUAAUGCCAGAAGCCUUGCUAAUAAACUUCAUGAAUUUAAUUUAUAUACAGAGGUAGUCAACCCAGCUUUAAUAUGCGUGUGCGAAACCUUUUUUAACAAUAAACUAACCAAUGGCAUUGUUUGUCCUAAUGGCUAUUCAAUUUAUCGUAAAGACCGUGUGAAAAUUGGAGGAGGAGUCGCUAUUUAUUGUCGACAUGAUAUUAAGUCCAAACAAGUUGCGAUUACUCAAAACAAUAAUGAUGUUGAUAUUAUCUGCGUUGACAUCCUCAAACUUCGUUUAAUUACAUGCUACCGUCCACCUUCUUAUUCCAAAAUAGAUUUUGACUAUCUCGUCUCUAUGAUGUCAAUUAUAAAUGAUUUGUGCGACUCAGUUUCUCAAUUUAUUAUUGUGGGUGAUUUUAACUUACCAAAAAUUGACUGGCUAAACUACAUCUCACCGAACGAAAAAUGUCAUAGCUUAUUUUUAACUCUUGUCAAUAGUCUUGGUAUGCAUCAAUUUGUUCACGAACCAACACGCGAAUCCAAUAUUUUAGACCUUGUUUUUUCUAAUAACAAUGGUCUUUUAAGUAAAAUUUCUGUUAAGUGCCCUUUUAGUACCAGCGACCAUAACUCAGUCCAUUUUUCUUUAAACAUUAAUGAUAAAUAUCAGUACGAAAAGAAAUCGAAAUAUUUUUAUGAUUUCAUCAAUGCUGAUAUAGAUAACUUUCUAAUUUACCUUUCGAAUAUUAAUUGGGACUACGAGUUUUCUUAUGUAUUCAAUAUUGAUGAAUAUUGGAACAUUUUCUAUAAUCAUAUGAGAAUUGGGAUAGACCGUUUUGUUCCGGUAAGAAAAAUACAUCAUAAUAAAAAGAGUCAUCAUUACCCUAAAUAUAUCAAGAAAAUGUUAAGUCGAAAAUUAUUUUUAUGGAAAAGAAAUUCCGUUAAUAAAACCAUUCUACAUAAACAAACUUACAAAACAUACGCCAUCAAAUGUGUACAAACCUUGUUUGUUUAUCCCAAAAGAAUCGAACUCAAAUUAGUUGAUGACCAUAAACACAGUAAGUUCUUUAACUAUGUUAAUAAUAAACUAAAUAAUCAUAAAGGGAACUACCCUAUAAAGAACAACGACAAUAAUUUCAAGUUAAAUUCUUGCAACAAAGAAACUGCUGAAGUUUUUAAUAAACACUUUGGAAGUGUAUUUACGGACGGUAACAACUAUUCACCAAAUAUUACUAGUUUUGUUAACGACUCGAUAAACAUUGAAGACAUUAAUUUUUCUGUUCAGACGGUUUAUUCAAUUUUAAUCAAUCUCAAACCGAGUACAUCUUAUGGUCCUGACGGAAUACCGAACAUUCUUCUGAAAAAGCUAGCUCUUGUUUUAUGUAUCCCACUUUCGUUUAUAUUUGAUGCCAGCUUUAAGUCUACCACAACAGUGGCUUUAAGCUUUAAGUCUACCACAGCUUUAAGUCUACCACAACAGUGGCUUCAAGCUUUUGUUUCUCUAAUUUUUAAAAAAGGAGCAACAUCAGACCCUAAUAAUUAUAGACCAAUUUCACUCACAUGCACCUGUUGUCGUGCAAUCGAAAGAAUUAUUAACUCGGAUAUUAUUAAACACUUAACUCUCCAUAACUUAAUAGCCAAUAAUCAACAUGGUUUCCUCAAGAAACGCUCUACAUGCACUAAUCUUUUAGAAUCUGUUAAUGAUUGGAGUACUGCACUAGACAAUAAUCUAACAACAGAUGUUGUAUAUAUCGCCUUUCAAAAGGUAUUCGAUUCUGUAUCACACCCUAAAUUGUUAGCCAAACUAGCUUUAUUUAACAUAAGAGUCAACUAUCUUGAUUGCUCUUUAGAACUUUAUGCCGAUGACAUUAAGUUAUACAGUUCAUUUUGCAAUACGGACCAUAGCCAUUAUUUAGCUAUUGCUCUUAAUAAUGUAGUACUUUGGUCAGAAACAUGGCCACUACCUAUUUCUACCAGUAAGUGUUUUGUUCAUAAGAUUGCACCUGCUUCAUCGAGAAAACUUGUUAACUUUAACUAUAAGUUAGGAGAUCAUAUUUUAGCUUGGUCUUCUAUUCCGAAAGAUCUCGGUGUAACUCUGGACUCUCAACUAAACUAUAAAAAGCAUAUCUCAAACAUUGUACAUGCAGCUAAUACUAGAGCAUUUCUUAUUUUAAAACGCUUCAAGUCUCGCGAUUCUAUAAUCUUAGUAAAAGCCUUCAAUACAUAUAUUAGGCCUAUAUUAGAAUAUUGCUCCCCAGUUUGGUCACCAUAUCAUGUUGAACUAAUAAAGGUUGUUGAGAACGUGCAAAAACGUUUCACAAAAAAAAUCCUGCACUUAGGCAAUUUAACCUACGAUAACCGAAUUCAGUUGCUUGAUUUGGAGUCGCUUGAGUUAAGGUGUUUUCAUCCACCUUUCGAGAGCAUUCGAUACUGUCGAUCAUGA